AUGUGCAUUCCGAUAUAUUGCAUGGGUAUUGGAUAUGAUCUCGAUUUGCUGAUUUGCGUGGCACUUGGUGUUGAUAUGUUUGACUGCGUCUUUCCAACACGUACAGCAAGGUUUGGCCAUGCUCUGCACCCUUGCGGAGAUAUCUCGCUUAAAAAGGCAAUGUAUGCCCAGGAUUUGCGACCCAUCGAUUCGGAAUGCACAUGCCUCACUUGCCGAAACUAUACCAGAGCAGCCCUACAUGGGAUCGUCGGGAAAGAGACGACAGGCUGCCACCUGCUUUCAAUGCACAACAUUGCAUACAUGUUGCGAUUUUCACGGGCUAUGCGCGAUGCCAUAAUAGCAGACAAAUUCCCCGCAUACAUCAAAUCAUUUCUGCGUCGACGCUUCAUCGAAAAUGAGGAGCAGCUCGCCGAUAAAGAAGCGAUUGUGCCCGAGUGGAUUAUCGAUGCUCUUGCAAGUAUUGGCCUUGUCAUCGAUCCUAGAAUGGCAGAAUAG